AGAGUCACUGGCCACAUGGCAGUUUCAGAAAUUAAACCAAAAUUUAAGCUGAAUCCUCUAACAAAGGUACCCAUCUCCCACAGUAAAAGGGAUAGAGACUUACCAGGAUCUCUUCAAUGCCAAUUACAACACAAAGAAAAGAAGCUAAGUGCUUCACAAAUGGCAGCUUUCCAAGAUGCCUACAACUUCUUCAACAAGGACAAAACUGGCUGUAUUGAUUUCCAUGGACUGAUGUGCACUGUAGCUAAGCUGGGAAUGAAUCUAACCAAGCAUGAUGUCUAUAAUGAAUUGAAAUGUGCUGAUAUUGAUCGAGAUGGGAAGGUGAACUUCUCAGACUUUAUCAAGGUGCUAACAGAUAAGAAUCUCUUCCUCAAGGCAGUGGCUCCAGAAAAGGAGACCUGUUUAGAUUUAGCUGGCAACCCAGGAAUCCUAUUGUUUGAAAUCCUAUCAAAGCUUCUAGAGACUUCAGCCCUACCCAGAAAGUCUAUACUAGAAAUAGUAAGCUAUUUCCAAAGAAAAUUCCAGCAUACUGGCCCAGGAAUGUUGUGGAGUCCCUACACUAUGGGCUAUGGAAAAAGGACACUUAAGCCAGACAUAUGCACACCUCCAAGCUCAAGCAUGGCUGCCUUUGCUAAUGCUGCCCGGAUUGCAAUAAUGAAAGAAAAGGAUUUAUUUAAAUUUCUUGAAGAGCUCAAGAGAUGCAAUUCCCAUUCAGAUAGCCCAUAUUCCAAAAUACCCAUCUUUCCAUUGUUCCCUAAUGUGGAUGGGGUGGUGAUGGGAAAGCCAUUCAAAGACAUGCAGAAAUUAGAGAUGCUAAGAAGAAAGGAGCCUUUGAAUUUCUUUGAGGAUUAUUUUUUCCAUAAAAGAGACUGGAAAACACAGGCAGCAAAUAUAAAGUCUAUGGACCCUGCCUCAGGUUAUUCAAAUAACAUCACCAUUGAUCAACUACUCAAGAAAAAGCAGACUUGUACAGUGGCUGAUGAAACUGCUAUUAAACAACACGUGAAGAGAGCUACUGAUACCUAUAAUUUAGGAAUUGCCCUUGAACACCGGAAAGAAAUGCUAAACCUCUGGCAGAAGAUACGAGGGGAUUUGAUUGGGAUAGACUCUAGAAAUGAGUCCUUUUAUGACACCUUUUCAACUUAUACAUGGUCCUGGAAUGUUUGCCAAGAACUACUUUCUCCUAAGGACUUAAGGUUAUAUGAUGCCUAUGUGAAUAGAAAUUCCUCCCAUAACUCCAGAUCCUUUUCCUCAUCAGAUACCAGUGAAUGUGACACAGACUCAGGAAGAAAAAGAAAACGGAAAGGUUUAAAGGGAUUUCAGUAAUGAAAUUUCUACAUUUUCUAAACAGCUCAUCACAAACUACUUUUUCAUAGUU